AUGGCUAAUUCCUACACGUUACUUUCUGACUUGAAGGCUGGGAGAUGCUCCAAUUCGGCUGAGAUCAGGCUCCUCCGAUUCUGGGAAGCCAGGAACCUAAACAAAAAAAAUCAGCUUAUGAGCAUCGAGAUGUUGAUGAUCGACGAGAAUCAGUACAAAAUACAGAUCUCUGACGGUCCUGUCGCCAUUCGUUUCAACGAGGGAACUGAUCUCCAGAAGCUACUAACCACUUCAAGGAUAAUACCUACAGAAUAUUUCCGAUUCCGACCGUUUGAACAGAUCCGUGACCUAGCAAAUAGUGGGAAACAGAUGCCGGACGUUAGGGGUGAGCUCCGUGCGCUGAAGAGCACCAUCACUGACCGUCUUGCAGGGGCACCUCGGGUUAUGCUAACACUAAGAAUGGCAACGGGCUGUUAA